CGACGAUGAUGAAGAUGAAGAUUCUCCGCGCUGAAUGAGAAUAAAUGUGUGACUUUCAUCUGUUUUAUUUCUUCAGUGAUUUCACAAGUUUUAUUUGCAGUGUUUAUUUUCGGCGGGAGAAUUGUAAAACUCCAGGAAACAAGUGAAAUCUGUGUGACACUGUUGUAAAGAUGUUUAUUAAAGAGGAGAGUGAAGAUAUGGCUUAUCCAGAAGCAUGCAGAAUUAAAACCGAACACACUGACGAACAAACAGACUUGAGGGAAGUGAAAGAGGAAUAUCAAGAACUGAUAGAAGUUAAAGAAGAAAGUCAAGAACUGAAUGAAGUGAAAGAAGAAAGUCAAGAACUGAAUGAAGUGAAAGAGGAAAUUCAAGACCUGAAGAAAGUGAAGGAGGAACAUCAGUAUCAGGAUCCUUGUUUUGUAACUGAAGAAAAAUCUUUUAGUUGCUCACAGGCUGAGAAGAAUUCCUCACAAAACAAAACUCAAGCCAAAAAUUCCUUCACUUGCCAUGAGUGUGGAAAGAGUUUUAUGCAUAAAAAAAACCUUCUGAUACACAUAAGAACUCACACCGGAGAGAAACCUUUCACAUGUCCGAAGUGUGGAAAGAGUUUCAUACGGAAAGAAGGUCUUAGAAUGCACCUUAAAAUUCACACUGGAGAGAAACCUUUUACAUGCCCUCAGUGUGGAAAGUGUUUCACACAGAAAAAAAAUCUUAACAUGCACAUAAGAAACCACACUGGAGAAAAGCCUUUCACCUGCAUUCAGUGUGGAAAAAGUUACAUGGACAAAACGGGCCUUAAAAUACACAUUUUAUCUCACUCUGGAAAGAAGCCUUUCACAUGCCUUCAGUGUGGUAAUGGUUUCACAAAGAAAGGAUCGCUUAAUGUGCACAUGAGAAUUCACACUGGAGAGAAACCUUUCACAUGCCAACAGUGUGGAAAGAGUUUCACGAAGAAAGGAGACCUUAAUGUGCACAUUAGAAUUCACACUGGAGAGAAGUCUUACACAUGCCAUCAGUGUGGUAAUAGUUUCAAGACUAAAGGAUCCCUUAAUGUGCACAUGAGUAUUCACACUGGACAGAAGCCUUUCACAUGCCAUCAGUGUGGAAAAAGUUUCAAUUCUAGAGGAAGCUUUAAUGAUCACAUAAGAUCUCACACUGGGGAGAAGCCUUUCCUAUGCUCUCAGUGUGGGAAGAGUUUUUUGCGUAAAGGAUGCUUUAAUAUACACAUGAGAAUUCACACUGGAGAGAAACCUUAUACAUGCUGUAAAUGUGGAAAGAGUUUCAUUCGGUCACAGCACCUUAAAAGACAUGAGAGAGUGCAUUCUGGAGAGAAGCAGUAAAUGCCCUUGAUGUUAUAAAAAAGGGCAUUGCCCAGAGUUGUUGUAAUGAGCAAACUGGAAGUAAUGGUGUGUCAUUUAGAGUUGGGGUACGUUUAACUUUUAAUGGACUUGUCACAGACUUGGAUGAAAUUUCACUUGGACUUGAAGAUUUUCCACGUCCAUGGCACAAACAAGCAAACAACAAUGAUUCCGUGUCAAUGAUCAAGUGAUGGAGAAAAGAUCUCUUGCAAAACAAACCCAGAUGGGACUUGUGAUAAAAAUAAAGAACUUCACGGAUUUCCGGUUCCGCCAUGUAGUGGAUAGACACGUGGUGUCAAUGCUCUGAAUUCUUUCAUAAUUUUCUUGCAUAACACCUUAUUUUGACUGGCACGUAGUAAAUACAAGCCAUUUUAUCACCAGGUAACCUGAUCCUAAUUAGUAAAGGUACGUGAGCUGGCCGUAAACAUAACUCUCAAACCAUGGUGUUUCACCCUAGGCAAGACAGCAGCAAAAUGUCGGGCGACGUUUCAACCCCGCUAACGACAAGAUAAGGAAAAACAUGACUGUAAAACUCACUAUGCUGCUGAAUUCAUCUUCAAGUGCCUUCGCUCUUCUGUUGCUUCUAUUGGGACUCAAACGACUACCAUCACUGAUAUGGAGACUAGUCUCACCGACCACAGUUACAGGAUAACUCAUCUUGUGCAGGAGGUCUCAAUUCUUCAGUCGAAGUUGUUUUUUUCGGAGAAUGCCGCUUUAAGAUCUAACGUGGAAGACCUUGUGUCACGUUCUAAAUGCCAGAAUAUUUGUGUGGUUGGUCUUCCUGAAGAUAUCGAAGGAAAGGAUCGGCAGGCAGUUCUUGACAGAUUUUUUUUGCCAAAGUUCUUGGCAACGUCCUUUCUGCCCCACCGGAGCUUGACCGAGCUCAUCGCAGCCUGAGACCCAAACCUCGCCAAGGUCAAAAUGCCCACCUGGUAACAAUGAGAUUUCACCAUUACAUUGAGAAGGAAGUUGUGCUUAAAUGGGUGAGGGCCAUGAAAGAGAUCUUGUUCAAGGGACAUAGAAUCAAAUUCGACGAAUACUUCUGUGCUUCAGUGGCAAAAAGGAGAGCUUCGUUCAACAAUGCUGUACAAGCGAGGUGUUCGUUUUGGCAUGAUUUACCUGGCCUGACUCUGUGUGUUGUACAACGGUAUGGAGCAUCAUUUCGACUCCCCUGAAGCUGCAGAGCGAUUAUACCACCAAAACUUUGAUGGCUAACGAGCUAGAUUUGACAGAUAAUGGAUCUGAGGGUAUCUCUGUGUUAUUUACAUUGUGUAUGAGCCAAGAACAUUUGCCAUUGUGCAAAAAAAUGUUUUUUAAAGUGAAACUAUAAAAAUCCUUGCUUGUGUUUUCGUGGGAGUUUGGCGGGAACCUCCGUAGACAAUAUGCCCAUCAGAGCAUUUUAAAGUGGUUCAUCUUAAUGCACUGCUCUGCUCUGAAUGCAGCCAGUCCAUUAACUUUACAUUCUCAAAUAAUACAACAAGAACGGAAUGAGACACAAAAACACGUCAUGGUAAUCAUGGUAUAUCUAUAUUCGCAUAAAUUUCCCAUAUGUGGACAGUGAAUUGUGACUGGAACAUGAAGGAUGUAAUGCAGUAUGGCAAGCCACGAGGUACUUGUGUCAUAAAUUGCAAAGCAGACUGGUACCUCUUCAUUUCACAUCGCACAAAUCAAUCAAACCACAAAAGGUCCCACAAACAAACCGUACACAGACCACCUCCUGAGGUACAAACGAACAGGUGUGAAACGCCCCUGAGAGACUCUUCUUGGGGUAGUUCUUUUCGAUAGUUAAAAUGGGUAUGAACACUGCUUCGGAAUACAACCUUUUUUUCUUUUUUUUUUUGCCGGUGAGUAACUAUCUUGUAUCCUAUAAUCUUAAUGUGUGGGUCUUUUAGCGAGUGUUUGAUAACCUUUUGAAAAUACAAUCACAUUUUUGAUUAUUUUAGUACUUUGUUAUUAUUUGAUAGACUUCAAAUAACCACACAAGUUAGCCUUCAUUUCUUUGCCCAACUUGCUGAUAAAGUUUUUUUUUCUUUUUUCUCUCUUUUCUUGCUGGACUUAUAUUCACAAGCGCCACUGCAAGAACUGACAUGGCAUUUUUUCGAAGAACAUACCUGCUUAUUCUUUAUCAGAAGUGAUUUACUUGGUAUUAAUUGUGUUAAACUCUUCAAGCUUGUUGGAGUCAACUCCACUACUUAAUUGAUUGUGUUAAGGUUUUCCUGGCCACUCGCCAUGUUCAGAUGGACAAGUAUCAGAACAAGUGACUUUUGUUUGUUCCUUUUAAAUUCACUUGUGUUUCUGUUUUUUUUAUCGUAUUGGGUAUGUUAUGGGGUUUUUGUUUGAUGGAGGAUUUUUUUAUUUAUUUGGUUUCUAUUUUUACUUGUGUAUGUAUGUAUUUUUUCUCAAUUUCAUUGGCUUUUCCUUUGAUAUGUUUUAAUGGCUAAGCCUUCUGCUAACUCUAAGGGGGUGGUUGGACACGACAUUAGAAUCAUUACAUGGAAUGUAUGUGGGUUGGUCAGAAAAAUUAAGCCUAAAGUUUUCUCUGACCUAAAAACACUAUCUUCCUAUAUUGCAUUUCUCCAGGAGACACACCUGCGUACAAGUGACCAUACUAGAUUGCGCAAACCAUGGAUUGGUCAGGUCAUAGACUAUAUAAAGAUGGAUGACAUGACAGCUCCCCAAAAGUGAAGUCAAAACAUCUCAAUCGCCCCCUGGUGGCUGGUUGCACUAUAGGUCAUAAACCCCGCCCCCUCCAUGUUAGCGGAUGGGACAUGAGCCAAACUAUAAAAUCAAAGUACACCUCAAAAAAAUUCCCCAAAGAUGGUUUCUGUCAUUUUAGGUAGUUCUUGUCACGGUGAUGUAUGUUCAAGUGUUCAUUUUUCUGAUAAGUUUGGUUUUAAUUAGUUAUUUGGUGCUAUAAAAAGGGGGUGUGAUGUCAUGAUUGACAGCUGUGAUUGACAGCUUCUCUGAGUGAAGUAGUCACAGGGGCACCUGUGGACUUCUUUUUGGGAAUGUCAGGAGAUGAAGCGUUAACUUAAACUUUUAACUAUACAUAACUGUGAUUGUCUGUUUAAAACCGUUAGAAAUUGUGGUUUUGCUGUAAACUAGCCGACCUACGGGAUCUGAGGGAUUAUUGCAGGUUUUUCGGUAAGUUAAAUAUUUGCUUUGUAAACUAAUCAGUAAAUUAAUGUUAUUAGCUAGCUAGCUAAGAUAACAAGCAGUUUAACAUUAGCUAUGUGAAAAAAAGCAGGUGCUAGCAGUUACUAAUUAUUAUUUAUUUUAAAAAAUAAUAUGGAAAAAAUAUGAAUUAUACUCUGUCUAAAGAUACUGCGACUCCACCCCAUGAUCACUACUGCACAGACUCUGGCUCCAAAUGACAUCAUUAGCGCAAAAUGGCAGCGCCAGAGGUACAGAAAUCCUGAUACAUGAGUCAUGCUUUUGGCAGGGCAAGUAAUUUCUGAUCCUGAGGGAUGCUUUGUAAUAAUCAGUGGCAUUCUUUUUCAAACUCUGGUAGUUUUAGUAAAUGUCUAUGCCCCGAACUGGGACAACCCUACUUUCUUGUCCAUGCUUUUCUCAAAAAUUCCAAACCUUGACACUCAUCAUCUAAUUUUUGGAGGGGACCUUAACUUGUUAAUAAUAAUCUUGAUAAAUCACUGUCUAAAUCAAGUAUAUCUUCAGCUAUGUCUAGGUCCUUAAUUACACUCAAGAGUCAAAUGGGUUGUGUUGAUCCCUGGCAUUUUUUCCACCCACCUGAUAAAGUAUUUUAUUUUUUUCUAGUGUACAUAAUGUUUACUCUUGUAUUGAUUAUUUUUUCCUUGAUAAAGCCCUAUUUUCUUUGGUCAUUUCCUCAGAUUACUCUGCUAUUGUUAUUUCUGAUCAUGCCCCGCAUAUGUUAGACAUCACUUUCUCUUCCAAUUCUAAGACUCGGCCCCAGUGGAAAUUUCAUAAAGGGCUACUUGCCAGAAUUGACUUCUGUGAAUUUUUAUCCAAAAACAUCAAGUUUUUCAUUGAGACUAACAAAACAGAAGCUGUCUCUGCUUCUCUUUUAUGGGAGAUAUUUAAAGCCUUCAUUUGUGGUAGGAUUAUUUCAUAUAGUGCCCAUCAAGUAAAGAUGAGGAAAUCUCAGUUUUGGAGGUGGAUAGUCAGUAUUCUUGUGUGCCCAGUCCUGAACUUAAAUCGAAAUGUCUAAAGUUGCAAACUCAAUUUGAUUUGCUCUCAACAAAUAAAGCAGAAUACUUGCAUAAAAGAACUAAAGCCACCUAUUAUGAGCAUGGGGACAGAGGGGGCUGUCUUCUUGCAUCCCAGCUUAAGCAUCAGUCUGCAUCCCGCUUUAUAACAGAUAUAAGAUAACUCUUCAGACAAGCUUGUUACUAACCCUCACAAAAUGUAUUCUGUUUUCUCCUUUUACUCCAAGCUUUACACUUCUCAACCUCCCUCAGUCUCAUCUAUAAUGGAUACAUUUUUCCACAAUUUAAGCAUACGUACUGUUAAUACAAACAUGGCAGAGACUUUGGACAAACCUCUCAGGUUAGACAAACUCACCACUUGUAUUGGUCUCAUGCAGAGUAAUAAGGCACCAGGGCCGACGGUUUUCCCUUAGACAUUUAUAAGAAAUUCUUAGCUCAAAUAGCCCCCUUACUGUUUGAUAUGUUUAAUAAUUCACUGGAGCAGGGUUUUCUCCCAGCCUCUUUGAAUCAAGCAUCCAUUUCCAUUCUAUAAAAAAACAAAAAAAAACAAAGACCCAACUUUAUGUAGUAUUUAUAGGCCCAUCAGUUUAUUGAAUGCAGACAUAAAAAUCUUAGCAAAGGUGUUGGCAAGGCACAUAGAUGCAUGUCUGCCCGAUAUUAUAUCUGAUGACCAGAACGCGUUUAUUAGGGAACAUCAGAAAAUUUUUAAUCCAUUUGUGGCCCCCAAAAAUGGUAAUCUCCCUCGAUGCUGAAAAAGCAUUUGACCGUGUAGAAUGGAAUUAUUUAUUCACUGUAUUAGAAAAAUGUGGUUUUGGCCAAAUAUUAUCUCAUGGAUUUGUAUACUCUGCUCCCUCUGCAAGUGUUAGAACUAAUUCUGAAAGUUCUCCAUACUUUCGCCUCAUGACAGGGUUGCCCUCUUUCUCCUCUGCUUUUUGCUCUGGCCAUAGAGCCACUUUCUAUUGCCUUAAAAUCAUCCCUUUUAACAUCUGGUAUCCAUAGGGGAGGCUUAGAACAUCAUUCUCUAUAUGCAAACGACCUGUUGUUGUUUGUUCAGGACCCAGUAGGCUGUGCAGAUUGGAUUAUGCACCUGCUUAACACCUUUGGCUCUUUUUCGGGUUACAAAUUGAACUUUACAAAAAGUGAAUGUUUCCCCAUAAAUGACACUAUGAAAAUUCCUAAAAGUGCCUUCCCCUUUAAUUUUUCCCCUUCCGGGUUUCACUAUUUGGGUGUAAACAUUUCUCACUCUCUCAGUUCUCUUUUUAGGAAUAAUUUCACUAAGUUGGUUCAACAAAAUAAACUUCAUUUAAAACAUUGGGACAGCCUACCCGUUCCGAAGGUGGAGACUAUCAAAAUGAAUGUUUUGCCACAGCUCUUAUUUCUUUUUCAGUCUCUCCCUCUUUUUCUCCCUGGAUCCUUUUUUAAGUGUCUUGAUAAAAUAAUUUCCUAAUUUAUUUGGGCAAUUAAGAUUCCCAAGGUGCAUAAAACUAUACUUCAAUGACAUAAGCGUGAUGGUAGUUUGGCUCUGCCUAAUUUACUAUUUUAUUACUGGUCUGCUAAUAUUUCUAAGAUUUUCAUUUGGUGUAUUGCUCCUGAUGUUAACUGAUGUACUCUAAAAGCUUUUUCAUACAUUUCUUCUUCCAUCGCAGCAUUAGUUUUUGCUCCGCUGUCUCUGCGUCCCUCCAGCUACACUAGAAAUCCAUUGUUCUGUCAACAUUGAAAAUUUGGAAAAAAAAUUGGCAACAUUUUAGGUUGAAAUCAUUCUCCAUCCUCAGUCCUAUUUGCAGUAAUCACUUGUUUUUAACCUCUGUUAUUGAUCACACUUUUAAAUGAUGGAGAGAUAAGGGCAUUGUUUGUUUUUCAGAUCUUUUUUUUUUAUAAUUCUUUUGCUACUUUUAACGACCUUAUUUCCAAAGAUCAUUUACAUCCUACAGGCUUAUACAGGUACUUCCAGCUUCGUAAUUUUGCUAGGACUCAUUUCACCAGAAAAAUAUUUGCUUGAGAAUAUAUUGACAGCCCCUAUAGCUGGUAGUCUUAUCUCUUCUAUUUAUGAUAUGUUGCUUUCAUCUAGAAUUUCACCUCUCUCUUGCUUAACAUGGGAGAAAGAGUUGGAUUGUGCUUGGUUAAGUUUUUUUUUUUGUUGUUGUUGUAGUUUCUCCCCUUUUUCUCCCCAAUUUGGAAUGCCCAAUUCCUAAUGCCUUCUAAGUCCUCAUGGUGGCAUAGUGACUUGCCUCAAUUCGGGUGGAGGAGGACGAAUCUCAGUUGCCUCUGCGUCUGAGACCAUCAACCUGCGCAUUUUAUCACGUGGCUUGUUGAGCGCAUUAUCGCGUAGAGUGGUUAAGCUUAAUUCAACUCAAAAGUUUGCACCGAACUCACUUUACUAAAGCCAGACCUCAUAAAUUGUUUCUGGGAACUGAUGAUUCUUGUAUCAGAUGCUCUUUUUCCCCUGCUGACCACACCCACACGUUCUACAGCUGCCCAACAUUGGCUUCAUAUUGGGUUUCUUUUUUUUUUUAUUUCUUUUUUUUUAAUACAGGUGCUUUGUAUAUUUCUCUGUCUCCAUGUCCUGUGGUUGCCAUCUUUGGUGUGUCUCUUUAUCAGCCCUUUUCACAAAACAACAUCAGAUGUCAUCACUUUUGCCUCUCUGGUAGCUAGACGAUGCAUUUUGUUGCACUGGAAGUGUCCAACUCCACCCCCUUCCACUUCCUGGUUAAGGGACCUUAUGUCAUAUAUAUAUAUAUA